UGACCUGGUCACUUGACCCCAAAAAAAUCGGAUUUGGGCCACUUUGGCCUGCAGUCUGAACGUAGCCUUAUAGGAUAUCCUAGUGAUUUUUACUUCAGGAUGGAUCUUGCAAAUACCAGCGUAGAUCUUUGGAUAUGCUUAAGAGACGACUCUUUGCUGCAGCUUGUGUGGGAUAUGAUGCUCAACUACAGAGACUAUUUGCAAUCUCCACUCUUUCCUAUUGCUGUGUCUUCCUACUUUGUCUUGUGCCUUCCCUUUCUUGUUUGCGACAUCAUGGGAGAAAGGUGGGCAUGGGUCCAGCAAUUCAAGAUCCAACCUAGCUGUCGUCCCACAGCCUCUACACUGCUGCACUAUGCAGGUGUCACCUUGUACAACCACGUGUUUCUUGUGCUCCCAGCAUCAGUGGCCCAGUGGGCAUGGAGGCCACCUGUGGACCUGCCGGACCGGGCACCGCUGGAGCUGAUUGCUGGGGUGAUAAGUAACCUCCUGCUCUUUAACUUCCAGUACUUCAUCUGGCACCUGCUCCAUCACAGGAUCCGCUGGCUGUAUGUCACUUUCCAUGCCAUCCAUCAUAAUUACUCAUCUCCCUUUGCCUUAGCCACUCAGUGUCUUGGCGGAUGGGAGUUGGUCACAGUGGGCUUUUGGACCACUCUGAAUCCUAUGGUCCUGAGGUGUCACCAACUCACCACAUGGGCCUUCAUGGUGUUGCAUGUCUACGUUUCUAUUGAGGAUCACUGUGGCUAUGAUUUCCCCUGGUCCACAUCACGCCUGAUACCGUUCGGCAUCUAUGGAGGGCCCAGCAAACACGAUGUGCACCAUCAGAAACCCAACACCAAUUUUGCACCACACUUUACCCACUGGGAUAAAAAUGUUGGCACGCAUGCUGAUUUCAGCUUUUCUGCUAUGAAAUAGAAGGCUAUAAACACCAUUGGUAACAGCUAUUGAUAGAUUGCUUGUAUGUGUCUGUGUUUGUUUUUCCAAAUCAUGUGGAUAUUAAAAUGUGAACAUAUUCUUUUU